ACUGCGGGAGGUGAUUAAGGGAAGGAAGGGGUUGGACCUUUUUGCCAUUUUAUCUUCCCGGGUCUCAGACCCUCUCAGCCAGCUAACGAUGGUUGGACCUUGACAAGACGCCACCUUAAACGUUCUUGCCUGUGAUUGGUCUGCUUUGGUGUCAGUCAGCUCACGGGUGAAGUCAGCAGAGGGGAAGAAGGUGCGUGCAUUAUUGGAGCAGGAGCAGCCGCCUGGCUAGAGAAGUGGUUCCAAUGUGCGACGAGGGUCCGCGGUUCAGUGUCAAGGAGUACAGGUUUGCGGAAGAGCAGGACGAGCAAGAAAGAGAAGAGCAGAAGCCAGAGCUGGUGGUGCAGAUUCCUGAGGUCCUGGAUAUUCAAUAUGGCAUGUACGUUUGGCCCUGUGCUGUGGUUCUUGCUCAGUACCUAUGGUUUCACAGAAGAAUACUACCUGGCAAGAGAAUUUUGGAGAUUGGAGCAGGUGUGAGCCUACCUGGUAUAGUAGCUGCUAAAUGUGGGGCCAGAGUGAUACUGUCAGAUACUGAAGAGCUGCCUCAGUGUUUGAAGAACUGUGAGCGAAGCUGUCGGAUAAAUAACCUUCUAGGGGUACACAUCAUAGGACUCACAUGGGGCCAAAUAUCUCCCAAUCUGCUCUCUCUGCCUCAACUAGACAUUAUUCUGGCCUCUGAUGUAUUUUUUGAACCAGAAGAUUUUGAAGAUGUCAUAACUACCGUGUACUUCUUGAUGAAAAGGAACCCAGCUGCUCAGUUCUGGACUACAUAUCAGGUCCGAAGUUCUGACUGGUCUAUUGAAGCUUUGCUGUACAAAUGGAAGCUGAAGAAUGUCCAUGUUCCCUUACGGUCUUUUAAUGCUGACAAGGAACAGUUGGCUUCCUCUCCUCUCCCAGGAAGACAUACCAUUGAAAUGAUGAUCAUUUCACUAGCAGGAGCGAGCUACACGUAAAUUUCUGCCAGUUGCUGGUUCUAAUUCAAGGAAGUACCUCAGAAAACUGACUGCACGCCACUUCAAGCAAGUUUUGGAUGGAAAUGCUGUUUGUUUGGGGGAAAAUAAAUUCCACUUGAUCAAGAGACAGGGGAAGCAUUUGGUUAUCACAAAACAGAAUGCAUUUCCUCCACCGAUCCAUGCUACUAAAGUCAUUUGGGGUAAUUCUUGUGAAAGCAGGUAUAUUAAUUAGUACAAUUUUAAACAAUUUAAUCUUAUCUUGCAUUGUAUGAAUAAGAUCUGUUGGAAGUGUUUGGUUAUGACUUUUCUAAAAAGUUGUGUUCACACCUAGAGAAUAAAAUUAAUUGGAUUUUUA